ACGCGCGCCGCCGACCAGAGAGCAAGGGGGAGGCGCUGAGCGCGUUGCCGCACAGCUUGUCGUCGCCAUCCUCGCGUAUCACGCAUCGCGAGUGGGGCAAUACCACGACGCGCCCGACUGUGUCACUGCGUGUGUGUGUGUGUGGUAGUGUGACUGUGCUUGUGGUGAGACGCCGUGCUGUGUAGCCUGUCCGCCAGCUGGUGGUGCCCGGCCGGUGCUGCCAUUCCCCACCAGCACCACCACCACCACCACCACCCGGGAGGGUCUGGAUUACACGUGCUCAUCGGCGCAAACACGGUAUGUGGGCGGCAGCGAGCGGACCGAAAUACUUUGCCAAAGUCGCGUAACGAGGAUACGCGCCAUCCAUGAAAAUUCCACAAGACGAGCCCCUAGGCUGUCGCUGGUCCUGCGUCGUUCUGAGCCUGUUUGUCAUCGUUAUCCUGGAGACCAGUUUCAAGCGAUAGGCCGGCGAUGCGGCCCGGCGCGCCAGUCCACGCUCGCACCGGUGAUGGGGUCCGCUAGGUGCGCGGGGAGAGCGUCCCGCAGCUGUGAGUAGUGCCCGCCGCAGGACUCCGGCGUCACACGAACGAAAUUUCAAAGAAAGAUGAGAUAUCCGAGCCCAGGAGCGCCAUGAGGUGGAGCAGGCGCGUGCUGCGUGUGCCAUAGGAUGCUCUUGUGCCGGGUGUCGUGCGGCGACCGGGCAGCGAGGCGCGCCCCAGCGGCCCACCGCCUGCCCGCCCCCUACCCCGCCCCCGGGCUGGCCCCCGGCCCGCACCAGCCCGUCAUGCUGCUGCUGGACCGCGCCGCGCCCCCGGGCCGCCCCCUGGGCGCGCUCGUCGGCCUCCCGCUCGGCCGGAGGCGCGCGCUCACCAAGGUGUUCCAGGUGCUGCUCGUCGUGGUGCUGCUCUUCACCAUCGGCAUCAACAUCAUGUUCAUCCUGGACACGAGCCGGCGCCUGCAGGAGGAGGCGCUGCACACGGCCGACUCGGCCGAGCUGGUCGGCGGCGAGGUGCGGCACGUCCGCGGCCUGCGCCUCCAGGAGAACGCCGUCAAGUCGCUCGUCAUCGAGGUGGUCUCGAGCCAGACCAAGGUGUCCGUGUCGGUGGACGGCGCCACCAUCAUGGAGGACGCGGAGCCUCACCGCGGCCGCGGCGUGCACGUCGUGGUGCUGCACCAGGCGAGCGGCAGCGUCAUGGCCGUGCGCGUCUUCGACACGUACUCGCCGCACGAGGACGACGCCAUGGUGCUCUUCCUCAACAUGGUGUCGGCCGGCCGGAUCGUCAUCUUCGCCAUCAAGGACGAGGGCUCGUUCCAGCUCAAGGCGCCCGCCCGUGACCUGCUGCGCCGGCUGGGGUCUGCGCACGCCACCAGCAUCAACUGGAGGGGCAUGUGGGCCAUGGUGACGCAGAAGGGCGCCGGCCCGGGCGGCCCCACGGGCGGCCGGCUGCUGGGCGAGGCGCACAGCGCCAGCAAGGAGUUCAAGGCCUGGGGCGCGCCCGUCUCCCUGCAGGUCGAGGUCCCGCUCGUCUCCGCCGAAGAGAGUGAAUGCAGCUGGCCUGAGACCGAGGAGAACCGGCGGCGGAAAGAGUUCUGCAACCACAUCGAAGGGUACGGCAGCGUUUGCAGCUGUCAGGACCCUGCUCCAGUUAUGUUUAAGCCAGAGCCUAUUCCAAAUAAUCAGGUGAAAAAUGUCCCUGUCGCCAUCAUUGCCAGCAACAGGCCUCAUUACCUGUACAGAAUGUUGCGCUCAUUGCUGUCAGCGAGAGGGGCCCAGCCUGACAUGAUCACUGUUUUUAUUGAUGGCUACUUCUCUGAACCCAUGGAAGUCACCCAGCUGUUUGGACUUCGAGGGGUUCAGCACACGCCCAUUGGGACAAAGAAUGCUCGAAUCUCUCAACACUACAAGGCAGCACUCACAGCCACUUUCAACUUGUUCCCGUCAGCCCAACAUGUCAUUAUUGUUGAGGAGGAUUUAGACGUUUCUCCUGAUUUCUUCAGCUAUUUCAGCCAAACCCUUCGGUUAUUAGAUGAAGACCCAUCUUUGUACUGUAUAUCAGCAUGGAAUGAUCAAGGAUAUGAGCAUACUAGUGAUGAUCCAACUCGUUUAUAUAGAAUAGAAACCAUGCCAGGCCUUGGGUGGGUUUUGAAGCGGUCUCUCUACAAAGAGGAGCUAGAGCCCAACUGGCCCACACCAGAAAAGAUGUGGGACUGGGAUAUGUGGAUGAGAAUGCCAGAAGUAAGGAAAGGACGUGAGUGCAUAGUACCUGAUGUUUCUCGAACGUACCACUUUGGAUCUUCUGGUCUCAAUAUGAACUCUUAUUUCCAAGAAGUCUACUUUAAGCAGCAUUCAUUCAACACUCAAAGCUAUGUUGAGCUCAAAAAUAUAGACAGUGUAAAAAAAGUCAAUUAUGAGCGUCUGAUCUGGAGAGACCUGAAGCGUUCUAUUCCUUUAGACCACAAUAAAGAUCCGUGUGAUGAAAACUUUAUCCCUGAGAGAAAGGGAGAAGUUUAUGUAUUAUAUAUUAAAAUGGAAUCCCCUAAAGACUUUGCCACAUGGCUCCAAGUAGCUAAGUGUUUCAGGAUAUGGGACCUGGAUGCUAGAGGUUACCACAAUAGUAUGUGGCGGAUGCGAGUGAAAGGCAGUGAUGUCAUGGUGAUCGGUGCUCCCAAUUCAGAAUAUUCGAAAUUAAAGCCUGCCCACAUCACUCCUAUGUCUUUGGUAUCGGUAUCAUCCAAGAAAGAAAAGGCAAAAGCCAGAUAACAGUAUCCAAAGUCGGACGCCUAUACCGUCCUUGCUGAACUUUCGUUUGUCAGCAAAAGCUAGUGUGAUUUUAAGUUUCCUGAUGAUCAGGGAAUGUGAUUAUACUUCUAAAAUGUGCCGAAAGCAUUAAUUUUAUGAUAAUUUAAUGAAUGAAAAGAUUCCAUGGAAUCUGACUGACAAUAAUGAAUUUGGACUGUAUAUUGCAUUUCUGUGUAUACGUCAAGAGUUGUCUAUGUACUUAACAUGCUGUAAUGACUACAGCAAAUCGAACCUAGCUUGCAUUUAUUUUUAUUGCUCUGUUAUUAUUGGUGUUGUCUUUAACUAGUGAGAGUGUUCAAAUGAACUUGCCCAAAUGAGCCAAUACAUUUUUCAGUCAAUAGAGAGAUCCCUUUAGCCAGUCCAGAAUGGUUCCUUUAUGUCUCCUUAAAUAGCUUUGAUCACAUUUAUACUGCAAUUAGAGACCUCUCAUUGACUUAACAUGCUCGGUCUAAUAAGACCUGUUAAUGGCCAUGCUUGCUGAAAAAUGCGACCCCUCUAAUCAUGCUGUUAAACUGAACAAGUUCAAUCUGAAAAUGAAUAGAGUUGGCUUCAGACAGGCUUUGUCUACACGAGUUUUGGGGGUUUUCUACACCCAUCUCUCUUUUGAAGACCAGUGGUGCGAGAGGGGUAGAAACACUACCGAGAAACUUGAAGAAAGCUUAGGUAGGGAGGACAGGCCCCUGAUCGCUCUAGUUUCAGUAAGAGACUAAAUCCAGCAUAAGCUUGUUCACAGCACAGCUCUGUUAAGUAAUCAUUGGUCAGGAGACAUAAAGUCUCCUGCAUUGGUGCCAAAGAAAUAGAUAAUGCUGUAUUACAAUCUGCUGUUGCUCAUAGAAGUCACUAAAUAUUGUUUACAGUGCCUUGGUAUUUUUUUUAGUGUGUAACACUUUAUAGUAUUGCUCCACAAAAAAAAAAUGCUUUGUGGACUAACCAGACAUACUGAUCUUUCAAUGAUAGAAGUAAAAUAAUAUCAUACACCUCUUUAAUUUUAGCAACAGCAAAGUUAAAUAAACUAGGAGUUACCAAUGUUGAAGUGUAGUCUGUGCUUGUAAUAUUAGAAGUGAUUUUUUCUUGAAUACUCUUCUCAUCAGACCAAUGAUUGGAAAAUCCAGUUGAUUCUGAAAUCUUUACAGCUGUCCAUUCCCAAUAGAAGAUGUCUAUAACUCCAUGAAAUUUUUAAAGUUUAAAUAAAUCAAACCUAUUUUUAAUUAUAACUUAA